AUGGCGUCAAAGUUUCUACGAGAGUACAAGGUGGUGGUUGUUGGUGGCGGUGGCGUCGGUAAAUCUUGCUUGACUAUUCAGAUGACACAAGACCACUUCAUCGACGAGUACGAUCCUACAAUUGAAGACUCUUACCGCAAGCAAUGUGUCAUCGAUGAUGAGCUCGCCCUUCUCGACGUCCUUGAUACCGCCGGCCAGGAGGAAUAUGCUGCUAUGCGAGAGCAAUACAUGGUCAACGGCGAAGGAUUCAUGCUUGUUUUCUCUUUAACUUCACAAGAAAGUCUGGACGAGAUUCACGACCUGCACAGACUCAUUCUGAGAGUCAAGGGAAAGCAAGAUGGCGAGCACUUCCCCGUCGUUCUGGUUGGCAACAAGUGCGAUCUCGAGCAUGAGCGCGUCGUCACGAGGGAGAAGGCUGAAAAGAGUGCUGCCGAGUUCCAGUGUCCGUAUAUUGAGACUUCGGCAAAGUCUCGCAUCCAUGUCGAAGAUGCUUUCUUUGAGGUUGUGCGUGAGAUUCGAGAAUACGAUCGCAAACUGGGAGGCCGGACAUCGCGUGGUGGAACAGGUCCAUUGACUGGAAACAAAGAGAUGGGUAUCGAUGACGGAGAGCCACAAGCGGGCUGCUGCUCCAAAUGCGUUAUCCUAUGA